AUGGUUUCAUCUCGUUUAUUUAAUAAUAUUGAAUUUAGUGUUUUAAGAAGAAUUGAUAUUGGUUUAGCUAUUACUGGUGAUGUGUUUAAUUCUAUGCUUUAUAAUGUUGAUGAUAGCCAUCGAGAUGUUAUUUUUGAUCGUUUUCAAGGUGUUAAACUAGAUGUUAUUGAAGAAGAAACUCAUUUUAUGAUUUCAUGGCUUCAUAGACCAAUGAUAUUUGAUAUUCAUGCACGGCCACGAUCUGUUCCAUCAAUAACAGAAAUAAAAGGUAUAAAAACUAGAAGAAAACAGUCAACUUCAGGAGAGAGUUUUAAAAUCUGUUGUACUAAGUCUCAAUUUGAUGCUAUUGAAUUGAUUACACAACGUACACUUAUUUCUCAAUGUGUUAGUGAAUUAUUAAUAGAACGUGCUGCUCAAUUUGGUUUAUUACUUGAUGAUAUUUCAAUUACACAUUUAAGUUUUAGACCUGAGUUUACAAGUGCUGUUGAAUUAAAACAAGUUGCACAACAAGAUGUCGAAAAACAACGAUUUUUAGUCGAAAAAACUGAACAAAGUCGUCAAGCAAAUGUUAUUGGAGCGGAAGGUGAUGCUCGUGCAGCUGAUUUGGUUGGCAAAGCUUUAGAUGAAGCUGGUGAUGAUUUGAUCGAACUUCGACGAAUUGAAGCCGCUGAUGGUAUUGCAAAUCAAUUAUCAAAAUCAAGAAAUAGCGUCUAUUUACCACAUGAUCCUCAAAUAUUACUUAACAUUACUGGUGCUAUGCAAUAA